CGGUUCUUCCCGCUUGCCCCUGCUACUUACAUAGCUGCAGCGCUGGUCGGAGGACGCUAUUAUUGUCAGUUUAAGUAAAAUAUUUGUCUACUGAUUCCUUCGAUUUCGCCUUUGUUCAUGUUCAAUUCAUGUCGCCGUGGAAAGUGCGAAUUUUUACGCAAGCGACUUUCCUAAAUGAUCGCGCUUUGCCAUAACUAUACAACAAGAGAAACCCCCGGGUUGUAAUAUCGAGAUCGACGUUAUGGUCGCUGCCUCACGCAGCUAGCCUGAGGUACCAAUGGCCUUCAUUUCAUUUAUUUCCAGCAAGAGGUGCUGGAUCAUAAUUCUUUUUGUGGAAACAAGAGUACUAUUUUGUACCGCGAAAGGGAAUGAAACAGAAGAUGAAGUGGGGUCAGUUCUUCUAAUUUCCGUGUCGGUUCUUGACACUUACCUACUUACUUAUUUUUCCCGAUUCGGAGGUUGUGAUCCUGAUACUGAUUUACAAGUAGGCGAAUGGUACAAUUCAGAAGCAUCGUUCGUUUCUCUCUGUGUCAAAUUCAUAUAUCAAGAUCUGCCCUCGAGGAUCGAUCGCGUCGAUGCGCCGACUAUGAAGUACCAGGACCGGGGCUGUGGUAUGAAAUUUUAAGAAUUUUUUCAUCCGGACGCUGGAGACCGACGCCGGAAACACCUUGAAUCUCGGCUUUUACCUCGUCGUAGACUACAUGUCCUCGUCGGAGUCAAAGAGCACGUUGCUCCUACCGGCAUUUGUGUUUUUACUGACCAUGGCAGAAACACUACUUCACAUUCACUUCUACAACCUGAACCCCGAGGCCGCGAUGAGUAUGAUGAAACUUCAAAUUCGCUCGAGCAACCUCGUUGCUUCCUAGCACGUCAAACAACAACUUUUAUUUACUCCAGCCCGUUGUUGUUCUUUUUGCCGUUGCCCUGCUCUCCUGUAACCAAAGUGUAACCGAUAGGAUAACCACCCGCCCGUCCACCCAUCUCAAAAUGAUAUUGAUGACGAAGCCAUCAAAUACUUAUAGCUAUAGUACAACCUCCUCCUUGUCCUUCCUCGAUGUUGUGCCUGCUGUUUCAUUUGAUGCACCUCCUUUCAAAAGAACGCCACCUCCACCGAGCUGAGUAAGGAUGCGACCAGUAGAGGAAGUCGUGAAAGGAGUAAGUAGUGCUAGGGUCAAACGAAUGAAUGUAAACAGCGAGCAUGGAAGCAUCCCCGAGGGCGAGGACCGACCAGCCAAGAACUCGUUUUAUGUUUGAUUUACCCCACCAGCACCACAACCGCGCAACGAGAAGCUCCUACAGCCGCAAACCACAACUCCACAGUUCCGGCUAUUUGAAGAUGAUUAAAACAUCAGCCUCUACAUUACGUUACCCAAAACUAAAGCUAAACCCUCGCAAUCGCAUCAACCGAAAUUUUACUUACACCUGCGCAUCCCCUGCACUACCAUGAAGACGACAACAAGCACAGAUAGAAAAGAAAAACUUCC